UAAAUAGAAAAGGAAAACCCAAUGUGUACUUUGCUGGUAGAACAAAACAACUUGAGUAAACAAAACAAACUAAAUAUAGAAAAGGAAAAUCCACUUCAGAUUGACUCAGGCAACCCAAUUUACCCAUUCGAUUUUACUGCAAUCAUUUGCAGCGCUGAUUUGAAAUGGGCAAAAGGGUACCUGGUUUGAUUGCUCUUUUUGAUGUUGAUGGUACGCUUACAGCUCCUAGAAAGGUGGCAACUCCGAAGAUGUUACAGUUCAUGCAAGAACUUAAGAAGGUUGUUACUGUUGGUGUGGUUGGAGGUUCUGAUCUCGUUAAGAUAUCAGAGCAGCUUGGGAACACAGUUAUAAACGACUAUGAUUAUGUGUUUGUCGAGAAUGGUCUCGUGGCUUACAAGGAUGGAAAUUUAAUUGGAAAACAGAGCUUGAAGUCAUUUCUUGGGGAUGACAAGCUCAAGGAGUUCAUCAACUUCACUCUACAUUACAUUGCUGACCUGGAUAUUCCUAUUAAAAGGGGAACAUUUAUCGAAUUUCGAAGUGGGAUGCUUAAUGUAUCACCAAUUGGAAGAAACUGCAGUCAGGAAGAACGAGACGAGUUUGAAAAGUAUGAUAAGGUAAACAACAUUCGCCUCAAAAUGGUGUCUGUACUCCGGGAGAAGUUUGCACAUUUUAAACUAACAUUCUCUAUUGGUGGACAAAUCAGUUUUGAUGUUUUCCCUCAAGGCUGGGACAAAACAUAUUGCUUGCGGUAUUUGAAUGACUUUCAUGAAAUUCACUUCUUUGGAGAUAAGACAUAUAAGGGAGGAAAUGACUUUGAAAUCUAUGAAUCAGAGAGAACCAAAGGCCACACAGGUCAGCUUAUCUUUCCCCUUUUCUUAGUAAUAAUCGUCAUUUUUAAUAAAUGGACAACAGAAAAUUCGCAUCAAACGGCUAUAAUAAUCUAGUUCUGCUCUAUAAAUGGCCAUCUCUGCAACUGAAAUAAUUUCACACUUUAAAUAAACCAAUAUAUGUUAGUGAGAAAGGGAAAAGGAUUGCUUGCAACCAAAUGGUUAUUAAUAUAUUAUGCAUCUGUUAUGAUGUGAACUUAUGAUCUGCUACUUGCUAUCAUUAUUAUUUCUUCAAUGAUGUAAUCUUAUUAUCUGCCACUUGAAAUCAGUUAUUAGCCCCGAGGACACACUAUAUCAGUGUACGACUCUCUUCCUGAGCUAACAAGAUGAACGUCUAUCGUUUUUCAUCCGUUGGUUUGAAUCGUGCCUUUUGUGAAUCUAUAGACAUAAGGAAUACUUCAUAAUGUGGGUGAUACACACGUUUUUCUCUUCUGCUUGGAAAUUUUAAACCUUUUGUUGUUACUUCUUGUAAUAUUGGCAUUUCUACUAGUUUUGUAAAUUAUACACCAGCCGCAUUUAUACAUUAAUAAAAAGAACAUUUCUAAAAUUUACCAUAACGUUUGCAUAUCUAAAGAACAAUGUACAAAUGGUUUUGAAUAAAUAUUAAAAUUAGUAAAAUUACACAAACUUCUUGAACACUAACAACAAAGGACAUGCAUUAUUAUAAAUGUAUCAAGAACUAAAAGGAAAACCAAAAAAAUAAAAAAAAUAA